AUGAAAAAGGAAGAUCUUUUAGAAACGUUUAAAUAUAAUCCUUUCGAAGUGAGGAUUUUGAAGGAAAAAAUCGACACUUCAACUACUACUGUCUACAGAUGCGGUCGACUUAUCGAUCUUUGUCGAGGACCUCAUGUCAGGCAAACUGGAAAAAUUAGGGCUUUGAAAGUUACGAAGAAUUCUUCUACUUAUUGGGAAGGGAAAACAGAUGCCGAAACUUUACAAAGAGUAUACGGAAUCAGUUUUCCCGACAACAAACAACUAAAAGAAUGGGAAAAAUUCCAAGAAGAAGCUGCCAAAAGAGAUCAGAGAAAGAUUGGCAGAGAACAAGAACUCCUCUUCUUUCACGAGCUCUCUCCUGGUUUCUGUUUCUUCCAACCCAGAGGUGCCCACAUCUACAACGCUUUGGUUGAUUUAAAAAAACUACAAGAAACGUGGUUUUCAAGAGGUGGUGUCUCCCAGCAUUUACAACGCCAAACUAUGGCAAAAUUCGGGACAUUGGGCUCAUUACGCUGA